AUGUUGAGGUUCGCGGAGGAGGUGCAGGAGCGAAAUGACAAUGCAGUUCGAGAUGGCGAACAAGCAAUAACACAUCCGAUCAAUGCAUUCCUGCUGAUCAAGGAGAUGACCACCGACUGGAGCAGAGUGGUGGACAUGAUGCGCCACAAUUCGGCUGAUGACUUCAUUCGUAAUGUUACGCAUCAGAGAAUCGUCAGAAAAAUCAACUACCCUACACAGGAAGAUUUAUCAGGCGCAGCAAUUGGUUUAUUGCGCUUGCAAGACACAUAUCGUUUGGAUACCACCGAUAUUGCGAAUGGAAAAAUCCUGGAUUCCAAAAUGAGAACUGUAGCGUUGACUGCUGGUGAUUGCUUCGAAAUUGGUCGUGCAGCAUACAAUGCCUACGAUUACUAUCACACGAUUCUGUGGAUGCAGGAGGCGCGUGAACGUGUCCAGAAGGAAGCUGUCCCAACGGUUUCGCUGGAAGACGUUCUCGAAUAUCUGGCUUACUCACUGUACAAACAAGGCAAUCUGAAACGCGCCCUGUUGCUCACCGAUGAGCUAUAUCGGAUGAACCCGGAUCAUCCGCGAGCAAAAGGUAACGUGAAAUGGUAUGAAGACAUGCUGGAGGAUGAAGGCGUGAGGCGUGUGGACAUGCGUCGUAAUGUUCCAGCAAUAAAUAAUCCUCGACAUGACGGUGGCUUGGAGCAUUCCGAGAGGGACAUCUACGAGGCGCUCUGUCGGCGUGAAGUGCCUGUUGUAAGCACUCCAUUACUGUAUGUUUGA